GGAGGGGCUAGGCACACCACAGGGAAGCGCGCGGAGGAAAGUGUCCGCGAUAGUUGGCGAGCUCUGCUGUGUGGGUUAAUGAACACAAGUGCAAUUCCUAAACAAAAAGAGAAAGAUGAAGCUAGUGCAGCUAGACAUUUUUUUUUGAAAGAGGACCUAAUGUUAAUGAAUUAAGAUGGCAAAUAUUGGAGAAUGUAGAAGGGGAAAAUAAAGAGCGAAUUAAGAUGAAACCUAAAAGAUGAAAGAAGUGAGAAUUGAAAUCUCGCGAGAGGUUUUUACUAUGUAUGUUGAUGAUGGGAAUGUGCACCAUGCUUGACAAAAGGAGGCGUUGCCUCUGAAACGUAGCAAACGUUCUCACCUGUCCUUAAGUGAAUGGAGACGGCUAAAGACUGCAGGAGACGGCAGUGAAGCUGCACGUUGAAGCUCAAGAAGCCGGUUACUCCUCUCCUUGUAACUACCUGCGGACUUUGCGUGAUCCACACUGGUUGAUGAAAUAUGCCUGGUCUGCGGCUUUCCUACUGGAACCCUCGUCUUUUACGUACAGUGUUUCAUCAGCUACAGCAGCAACAACAGACUGGAUUAUUUUGUGAUGUUACUCUACAGGGAGAUGGUGAGGCCAACAUUCAUGUUCAUUCUUGUGUGAUUGCAGCAUGUAGCCCUUACUUAGCAAAUUUACUUUCUGAAAUAUCAAAAAAUUCUGAUCCCAGAACACCAACAUUUUCCAACAGACAUGUACUAAGGAUUCAUGGGAUUAAAAGCCUACACCUACUUCCUCUGGUCAAUUACAUGUAUACCUCAGAACUGGAGGUUGCACCAGGAGAUGUCAGUGAUGUUCUCAAAGCAGCACAGAAGUUACAAAUUCCAGAACUGGAGCUAUUAAAGUUGGAAGGAGGUAGAUUAGUAAGGUCUGAACCCGGGAGAAGACUGAACAGGAAUUGUCUUAGUAGCAAAACUCAUGCUCACUAUACAAAGAGUGAAAAACCUGCUAAUGCUAAACAUCAAGGAAUCAUAAAUUCAGGUACUAAUGUUGAAAUAAAGCCAAUCCUAAACAGCCAGAACAAAAUAGAGAAUGAUGUAAUUAGUGUAAGUUUGCUUGAUGUUAAGCAAAGUAAUGAAAACAUGCUAGACGUAGGGACAAGCAGCUGUGGCAUGCCAGAUAUUAGGCCAGGCAAUCAAGGUUUCUCUGAUGUGCUGUGCAGUGGCAAAUCAAUAAAAGAUUUUGCAAACAGUGAUGGUUAUCUGGAGAAUAUGCCAAGCAGAUAUGACUUGCUGCCCUAUGCACCUAGUAACCAGAACACGCAAGGGAAUUCCACACCGUGCAGCGACUUCAUUAAAGAUUGUGAGAACAGCAAAAAUUUAGGAGAAGAUAGUCUAAAUAGGCAAGAUUUUGUACAAGAUGUAAUUAGUAACCAGGAUUCACCAACUGAUGCAAGAAACCUUGACUUGACGGAGUAUAAACUUAAGGGCUCAUUUGAUAAUGCACCUAAUUGCCAGGACUUAUCGGAGCAAAGAAUAAAUAUUUAUGGCUUACUUGACAAUGUGCAAUUUAGUCAGGACUCGCUUGACAAUGAGCAGAGCAUUGGGGGAUUGGCAGAAGAUGUGCAGAGCCUCAAGGAAUUACCAGAGCAUGUGCAGAUAAAAGGGGGAUUGCUAGAUGAUAUAAAGGAUGUUGGGAAAUGGCCAGAGGGUGUACAGAGCAUCAAGGAAUUGCCAAAGGUUGGGCAGAGCAUUUGCAACUUGCCAGAGGAAAUGCAGAGCACUGAGGAAUUGCCAGAGAAUAUGCCGAACAGUGAGGGAUUGAUAGAGACUGGUGCUAGAGGUGAAGACAUACACUUGAACUUGCUGAAUAGAUGUAAGCAAAACAAAAACAACCCUGAAGUAUUCCCUGACCAAGAGAGAAAAUGUUCUGUAAAACCUGUACAAUCCAGAUAUUUCACAAAAUCAAGAAAGGGAUUCUUGAAAAGAAUACGGCUGAACAGAAAAAGAGAGGAAAUUGCGUUUGUUGAUACUAAGCUUUUGAAAUUUAAAAAUUCAGAAAUGGACUGCAAUAAUAUUGAUAUUUCAGGCUCAGAUACAUUUGGAAUUGUGGACAAUAAGGGGUUAACAUCAAGCACCCACUGUGAAUCUGACACAAGUGAAAUGGGGAACAGUGAGGGUUUAAUAUUAAAUUCCCACUGUGAACCUGAAGUCAAUGCACCCGUAGACCAUGAGGAUCUGAAAUCAAGCGCAUGCCAUGAAUCAAAGCAGAAUAUAACUGCACUCCUGGAGGAUUUUCCAUUCAUUACCCACUGUGAAUCUGACACAAGUGAAAUGGGGAACAGUGAGGGUUUAAUAUUAAAUUCCCACUGUGAACCUGAAGUCAAUGCACCCGUAGACCAUGAGGAUCUGAAAUCAAGCGCAUGCCAUGAAUCAAAGCAGAAUAUAACUGCACUCCUGGAGGAUUUACCAUUCAUUACCCACUGUGAAUCUAAAGGAAGCGAAAUGGGGAACAGUGAGGGUUUAAUAUUAAAUUCCCACUGUGAACCUGAAGUCAAUGCACCCGUAGACCAUGAAGAUCUGAAAUCAAGUACAUGCUAUGAAUCAAAGCAAAGUAGAACUGCACUCCUGGAAGAUUUACCAUCCAUUACCCACUGUAAAUCUAAAACAAGUGAAACUGUCGACCUUGAGGGAUUAACAUUGAGCAUUGACUAUGCAUCUAAACAAAGUGGAUCUGUAGACAACAAGGGCUCCCCAUCAAGUACCCAGUGUGAACCUGAAACAAGUGUGGUAUAUGCCUCUAACAAGUGUAUAGCUGAUUCAAGAAAAAGGCAAUACAACUUGGAUAACUCUUUUGAGAAUAAUUUGAAGAAGGUGAAACUAAGGAAAUCCAAUGAUGGACUUAGCUGGGAAGUUGUGAAAGGAGUUGAGUCUAUAAAUAUUGCUCACUCCUCUCAGGAAAAAGAACACUUGAAAAAGCAUGAGAAACAGGUUCAACAGAUAAUCAAUGUCACAACACACAUUUCCCCAUAUCUAGAUGUGGGUGUAUACAGUCCACCUAUGUCUUCGGAGGAGUGUGUAUGGCCUGAUUUGUCCUCAGAGUCUGACAUGGAAAUUGAUGUUCUUGGCUAAGACUAUAAAUAUUUAGAAGGCCAAUGACUGUGGCAUAUUAAUGGAGUACUGCAGUGUAUGACACUUUAUCCCCUAUCCAAAGGAUAAAUGUCUGAUCACGGAGUCUGACCGUUGAAGCCCCCCACAAUCUCCUGCCGGGCACGCAGCUCUUCUCAUGUAUGGAGUGAUCUCUGCUCCACGCAAGGAGACUGUUGACCCCUGACGCCCCCUCUAUGUAUUUCUAUGGGAGAGCAGGAGAUACACGAACGCUGCAUCUCCAGCUCUCCCAUAGAGAUGCAUGGAGGGGGCAUGUCGGCCACAGCUUCAUGCUGUGGUCAACACAGCUCCUUUUUUGGGGAGAGCCGAGGCGUCAUGUAGGAGAUUACAGGAGGGCCCCAGUGGGCUAGCCCUCUGCGAAAUGACUCUUAUCCCCUAUCCUUUAAAUUGGGGAUAAAUAGUCUUACACUGAAGUACUCCAUUUAAGUUUAGGUCUAUAUUGACCUAAAAGACUUCACACACCAAUGUGGUACUCCUAAAGGAGUAAUGUUGCACCUUUUUUAGUUCUACAUUUUAUUCACAAAUACAUCUCUUUGCAUUUGUUAUCUUGUGCAGACCAGAUCAGUGGCCAAACAAGGGUAAAAAUAGGCACAUGGCUAGAUAGGUCUAAGGUAUUUUUUGUUUUUAAUCUUCAUAGUCCUUUCAGUGCAAAGUUUAAAUGAGGAUCAAGAGCCCAAGGAGAGCUCCCUAGGACAGCAAGAACUAAUUUAUCACACUACAGAAAAAUCUGUGUCAGGAAACCCAAACUGUCUUAUUUGAUAUUAGCAGUCCACACACUAUGUAUAACAAAUAGUUAUAUAGAACUGUGAAUGUAGCUCUGGAUUCCAAUGCAGGCUAUAAAUGAAGAUGAUAAAAAUAUUUUUUUUAAAUAUUUACGGAUGAAUAUAUACUUUAAGGGUAGGGUCACACAUUCUGAAUUUGCUGCUAUGUUUCCCUACACAUUGAAGUCAUAGAAAUGGGUAGCAAAAUCAGCUGCAGAGAAUAAGCAGCAAACUACAGCAUGUGUGACCCCACACUUAAAGGGGUUAUCCAGGAAUCAAAAAAGAGAAUUUCUUUCAAAGACCGCUCCUUGUCUGUCUCCAGGUUGGGUGAGAUUCUGCAGCUCAGUUCCAUUGAAGUGAUUGGAGCCAAUUUGUAAUAAAACACCCAAAGUGGAGCCAGAAAGGGAGCGGUCUUAAAAAAAAAAAAAUAAAAAAAAAUAGGUCUGUUUUUCGAUUCCCGGACAACCCCUUUAAAUGUAUAUUCACUAUAGAAAAAGUGUUACUAAAAGUUUAAGUUUAUGUAUUUCCUAAUUUAUUCACUAGGAAUGACGUAAUGCAGAUGAAAAGACUUUCAAUAUAGCAUUUACGCAAUCAAAAUUGGUCAAGGCUAGAUGUUUUUUUCUAGCAAGAUAUUUUUUUUUCCCAGUUUUUGCAUCUAUACUACCAAGAGACUUAGUUUUUUCUUUAGACUAGCACACAUGAGAGCAUUAGAAACUAUAGAUUAGAAACUAUACUGAAUAUGUUAAACUGUGAGCUAUGAUCAUAGUUUGCACCGAAGAGCAUUUGCGUUGGGAUAUUCUUUAUUGCAUUUUACUCUACCUUGUUUCUAUCUGUAUUAAAGUAAUGUU